AUGUCUCGCCCAAAUUCAGGAGUUGGCCGCAUCGAACAGGUGGGAAUGCCACAAUCAUCAGAAACAGAGCGUCCUCCACCAAUUUCUUCAUUGGAAGAAGGUCAAUCUUCAGCUUCUAACGCUGUCACGAUGAACACAAUUCUCUCCACUAUUCGACAAUUAGAAGCUCGAAUGGAUAACACCGAUCGUCGCAUCGAGAUCAACCGUCCAUCGGCAUUGCCCGAUCCUGACCCACCAUACGGAUUACCGCGGUUCAGACAUACUGAUCAGAUGCCUUUACCAGACAAUGCUGCAGUUUCUGGGUUUCCAGAACCUUACGGUUUUACAGAUAACCGACAUCCUAUACGCCCAACCGCCCACUCCAAUAUGAUUCCAAACCGUUUUUCUAACAUUAUGCCUGACUCCCACACUCAACCGCCACUACCAUACUCCACCAAUAAUCGCCCACAUCCCAAUUACGGUGGAAAUCAUCCUCACUCUGGGUGGAAUUCAACUGCUACUCUUCCACACUCUACACCAGGUCCUCUUCGCCAUAACACAAGUUGGGAUUUGCCGAAUCUGAACCCCUCGUUCGGUCCAUCUUGUUGGGAUCUGCCACCCAUUCGACCACAGAACGUACAGGGAUUUGAUUUCACACCUCGUGUCUUAAUGGAUCCACCGCGUUUUGACGGUUCCGAUGCAGCAAACUGGAUAGCGCGUGUUCAAUAUUAUUUUGAUCAUGUGCAGAUGCCCGGUGUGCAACACCUACAUUACGUUGUCAUGAUGUUCGACCCUCCGGCUGCUGACUGGAUAUUUAAUUAUCGUGCUAACAAUAUGUUUGUUACCUGGCAUGAUUUUUUAGAGGACGUUCGUCAACGUUUUGAUCCCCAUUGCUAUGAGAGUUAUAUUGGCCUUCUAUCCAAACUUUGCCAGACGAGAAGUGUUGCCGAAUAUCAAGCGGCAUUUGAGAAACUAUUGAAUAGGAUUUCUGGUGUACCGGAGUCAACCCUAUUGCCAUUUUAUAUAGCUGGCUUAAAGCAACCGACCCAGCGACAAGUAAAGUUGCAUCGUCCGCCUACACUUGCUUCGGCUUUUGCAUUGGCACAGGAAUUAUCAGCAUGCAAUGACGAUCGGUUGACACAUUCUUCUGGUUUUCAACGUCGACCGUGGCAAUCUAGAGAUUCGCGUUUCAAUACUGGAUCAUCAUCUACUCAAGGUCCUCCACAGUCUGCCGGACUUUAUCAAGGCAAAUCGGGGUAUUCACCAAACUCGGGUCCAGACCAUUCUAAAUUGCCUGUCAUUCGUCUGUCACGUGAAGAGAAGGCGGAUAGAUCCAAGAAAGGUCUUUGUUGGUAUUGUGAUGAACGAUGGACUCCCGGUCAUUCGUGUAAACGCAAUUUUUUGGCUUAUAUAGGAACGGAUGAUGAUAUUCAAGAAACAGAUCCUCCUAUAGAUGUGGAUCAAGAUGAUCCUGACUUGAUCACAGCCGAUAUUUCUCAAGUCCAUUCCAUCGACGGUCAGGUACGGUCUAAAUCCAUUAGUCUCAUUGGCGACAUCAGAAGUACUACGGUCCGAGUGUUAGUCGAUUCAGGAAGCUCUCAUGACUUUAUACACCCUCGGAUUUCCGAACAACUCAGUCUUCCUUUAACAUCCAUUUCACCAUUUCGAGUGUACGUUGGAAAUGGGGCUUCACUUCUCUGCUCCCACGUCACUCGCGUAACUGAGUUGAAGAUGCAGGAUGUUCUUUUUCUUGUUGACCUGUAUAUUUUUCCUAUCCACGGACCGGAUAUUAUAUUGGGCAUGACUUGGUUGGAAUCAUUGGGACGGGUCACUCAUGACUAUGUGGAACGCACUAUGGAGUUUCUUAGAGGGGAUGUUCAUAUAUGCUUAAAGGCAGACUAUCCGAGACCACUUCGGAUCUCUCUCAAUCCAAUGUCCAUGAUUUUCAGGCAGCCAUCUGACUAUGAUAUUUAUGAGCUAUUCUCACUGACCGACGACACCACUUCAUCGCAGAGCAGCACGGAUAAUUGUUUUCCAACUGAUCUGCCUGAUUUAAUCAGCAAUGCUUUGCAAUCUCAUUGUGAAGUCUUUCAGUUAGCUACAGGUAUGCCACCAGCUCGACAAUUUGACCACCGUAUACAUCUCCUACCCAACACAAAACCGGUCAAUGUCCGUCCGUACAGAUAUCUGUACAUUCAAAAGAAUGAGAUCGAGCAUCAGGUGCAAGAAAUGUUGGAUCAAGGUAUUAUUCGCCACAGUCAGAGCUCGUUUUCAUCUCCUGUCCUUUUGGUUCGCAAGAAAGAUGGCACUUUUAGAUUCUGUGUUGACUACAGAGCUCUAAACACAGCCACCGUUCCGAAUCAUUUCCCCAUUCCUACCGCCGAUGAAUUAUUUGAUGAGUUAGGGGCGGCAUGCUUUUUCACAGAGCUGGAUCUUCGAUCGGGGUACCACCAAAUCCGGAUGCAUCACAAUGACGUUUUCAAGACGGCCUUUCGUACUCACGAGGGUCAUUAUGAGUUCUUAGUGAUGCUGUUUGGUUUGACAAAUGCACCUUCAACGUUCCAAGCAACAAUGAAUAUUAUUUUCAAGCAAUUCUUGAGGAAAUCUGUGAUCGUCUUUUUUGACGACAUCCUUAUUUAUAGUGCAACUUUGGAGGAACAUGCUAUCCAUCUUUCAGAGGUUUUAUCAAUUUUGGCUUUACAUAAAUUUUUUGUAAAACUAUCAAAAUGUUCCUUCUGCAGCAACUCCGUUGAUUAUUUAGGACAUCUUAUUAUGGAUGGUGUGCUCAAAGCAGAUCCCAAGAAGAUUGAGUCAAUGUCAGCUUGGCCGACGCCAAAAAAUAUUAAGCAACUGCGUGGAUUUCUCAGUCUUACAGGUUAUUAUCGUCAUUUUAUCCGACAUUAUGCUAUGAUUGCAGCACCACUGACUAAGCUGCUUAAAAAAGAUGCAUUUCAUUGGUCUACAUCAGCCGAGGAUAGCUUCAUUGCUUUGAAAUUUGCGAUGACAACAGCACCCGUUCUCCAUCUACCAGACUUUAACAAGCCCUUCUACCUAGAGACAGAUGCAUCAAACGUUGGUAUCGGGGCUGUUUUACUUCAAGACGAGCAUCCAUUGGCAUUCUACAGCAAAAAAUUGGGCCUACGUCGUCGAAGUGCUUCUACCUAUCACAAAGAAUUGUAUGCCAUCGUUGAAGCUGUGCAAAAAUGGAGACAAUACCUAUUGGGACGAGAGUUUAUAAUACACAGUGAUCAGAAAAGUUGA